AUGCGGCGGGCCAGCGAGGUGGGCGACUCUUUCGAGGACAGCAGCAGCGAGCAGCAGCAGCAGCAGCAGCAGCAGCAGCAGCACUGCAGCAGGAGGACCCGCAAGCAAAGGAGGCACUCCAGAGGCGACAGAUACAGGAAGCAGCAGCAGCAGCAGCAGCAGCAGCAGCAGCAGCAGCAGGAGCCGCAGCAGCAGCGGCAGCGCAGCGGCUCGCCCUGCCAGCAGCAGCUCCGGGCAGCAGCAGCAGCAGCAGCAAGCCGCGGCAGGAGAGACGCAGCAGCAGACGAGCAGCAGCUAACUUGGGACGUUGCUGCUGCUGCUCUUUCGAGGGGCAGCAGCAGCAGCAAAGCUGCAUGCAGCAAAUUCUUAACUGCAGCAGCAGACUGGCUCCUCGAGCUGCUGCUGCCCCUGUGGGAGGACUUCAGGGGAUCGACCCUCAGCCCCACGGGAGCCGCCGUGACCCCUACAGACCAGCAGCAGCAGCAGCAGCAGCAGCAGCAGCAGCAGCAGCAGCAGCAACUGCUGGGUGAAGGGGUUUCAGCUGAAGGGCUGGGGCUUGGCGCUGCAGAGGCGCUGGGGGGCCCCUCGGGGGGCCCCCCUGUUGGGGGCCCCCCCUGGGGGGCCCCCAGGUCCGGAAAAGAGGGUACUGCAGCAGGAACUUUGAGGCCCCCUGGGAAGUCUUCGAGCAAUAUGCUGCAGAAGCGAAGUGCCCUUAGGCUGGGCCUGAUGUCUUUUCUCGAAGAAAGAAACAGCCUAGCUGCAGACGGAAACGUGGGGGGCGCAGCAGUGCGCACGGACAGCCCCAGCUACGCACUGACAGUGGCGAUGAUGAAGGGAAUGGAAUUGAGCAACUGCUUCAACGCGGGUUUGGUGGCGCUGGCCCACAAAGACGGCAAUCAGCUCGACGGUUUGGUGGCGCUGGCCCACAAAGACGGAACCCGCUGGAAAUGA